AGCACUGUAUUAUGUAUUAUACCUACUUUUAUAAAUAUUAGAUAAUUUAAAAUUGUAUUUAAUUUAAAUAAAAAUUAAUUUUUAUAUAGGUACGACAAUACAAAAAAUAUGUUAUUUUCUAAUGGCCAAAGAAUUUAAGAAAUUGACUUUCUGUAAUGCAAUAGUUCUUCAGUGUUACAUAUUAUUUAUAUAUUGAACUGUAUAAAUAUGUUAAAAAUUAUAAAGAGGUUCCACUUGGAAUGGAGUUUUUGUCGAGCUAUUACUACUUUACCACCUCAUGUUUCAACCAAGAAUUUAUCCAAGAUAUUUCAUGAUAAAAUUAAAAUUAACGGUCCAAUUACAGUUGCCGAGUAUAUGCGAGAGUCUUUAAAAACAUACUAUAAUGAUGCCAAUGUAUUUGGAUCUACUGGAGAUUUUAUCACAUCUCCUGAAAUUAGUCAACUGUAUGGAGAAAUGAUUAUGGUAUGGUUUAUAAACAUGUGGGAGAUGGCAGGAAGACCAACACCAGUGAAUUUAAUUGAACUUGGACCAGGAACUGGUGUCAUGAUGAUGGAUAUGCUAAGGUUAUUAAACCAAACACAGUACAAGAAUUGGAUGAGCAUUAGCAUACAUAUGGUAGAAAUGAGUAAAAAAUACAGUCUUGAACAAGCAAAAAAAUUAAAUUGUACUAUUUUGGAAAUAGAUAACUGUCAGAAAUACUAUCAACAUGGACAGACAUCUGAAGUAUAUGGAACGAAAGAUAUAUUUUGGUAUCACAGUAUAGAUGAUAUACCUCGAAACAAAUUCAGUUUUAUAGUAGCUCAAGAAUUUUUUGAUGCUUUACCAAUCCACAAGUUUAGAAACUGUCAAGGAAAGUGGCGAGAAAUAUUAAUCGAUAUUGAAAAUAUCUCUGAAGGCACAUUUCGUUAUGUUUUAAGUCAGUGGCCAACGCCAGCAUCAAAUAUAAUAUCUACAAUUGAUUAUUUUAAACCAUCAAAGUUCACUGAUGAAAUUGAAAUUGAAGUAGGGUUUGAUUCAUCUAUAAUUUUGGACAAGUUAAAAAAAAGAAUAGUGACUGAUGGCGGAAUAUUUUUAUGUAUCGAUUAUGGAAAAGAUGAACCUAUAAUUGAUUCACUUAGAGCAUUUAGUGGUCAUCAACAAGUUAACCCUCUACAAAACCCCGGUAGUGUAGAUUUAACAGUUGACAUUGAUUUUAAAAGAUUAAAAGAUAUAGCUGGAGUGGAUGUACUUUCAUUUGGACCAGUUGUUCAGAAUUCAUAUUUAAAUAAAUUGCAUAUUAAUUUAAGAUAUAAAAAUUUAUUAGCCAUGGCAAAAAAUGAAAGAGAAGCAACAUCACUUACAUUUGGCUAUAAACAGUUAAUGGAAAUGGGAAGUAAGUUUAAAGUUAUAGCCAUGGUUCCUGCAACUUUAGCGCCAUAUUUAAACAACAGUGCAAUUUGUGGGUUUGAAUAAUUAUACUGUUUUUUACGAACGGUUGUAAAAAUUAGUUAAUAAAAUAAAAUUAUGUAACAACGUUAAUAAUAGCCGUUAAAUUAAUCUAUGACCUUUAGACUAUAUAUUAAUAAGAGUGAAAGGCGACCUUGGCUUUGCAAUGAUAAUAUUUUAAUUAUUAUUCAGUGAUAAUUAAAUUUUAAUAUGAUUUACAAGUAUGUUAUUUCAAAUAGUUCAUAAAAUAAAAUUGGUGAUCUAAAAGAACAAUGAAAAAAAUAAUACUAAUCAAUCAGUCAUCAAUAUUAUUUAAUUGAUUCUAAUAAUUUGAAAAUGAAAAUAAAAAGUAUAUUAAAAUCUUUUAUAUUUAAUAUUUGUAGUUGUAAAAUAACAAUUUGAGAAAUGUUGCUUAAUAAUAGAGAUUACCAGUUUUUUUUAUGUUCAUCCAUUGAAACACCACCUGGACCUCUGAGUACAAUCAUUAAUAAUCCUCCAACAACUGAGAGAGUCUAGAAAUGUUGAUAAAUAGUUAAUUUGAAACAUCACAUUUUUUAAUAUAAAUAUUCAUUUAUUAUGUUUACCUGGAAAAAGUCAUAUUUAAGAAAAUCCCGAAGUGGUUUGGUUUCUGGUAUAGACCACCAAGCAUUGUAGUAAAAAUUGAUACUUGUUAAAAACAAUACUAAAACCAAGGCACUGAGUUUAGUUUUAUAACCAAUAAAUACUAAUAUCAUCAUUAUUGUUCCUAAAAUGUCUUGUAAAA